CGCCCACCCUCGUGUGGCGAGGGCAGAGUGCGCCUGCGCUGGGCCACGGGCCGCGGCGGGAGCCGCUACCUGGUCACGUGGGAGACGCGCUGCAGCAGCUGAUUGGCUGCGGCGGCUGCGGCGCGAACGUCGCGCGCGCGCACAGUGAUGCACGUGUGCUGGCUCGUGGGGAAAGAGAAAUGCACUCAGCGAGUGAAACUACCACACUUGGAAGCCGUGGUAAUUGGGCGUGGCCCAGAGACUGGGAUAACGGAUAAAAAGUGUUCCCGGCAGCAAGUUCAGUUAAAAGCAGACUGUAACAAAGGGUAUGUCACAGUUAAACAGAUAGGAGUCAACCCAACUAGUGUUGAUCUUGUGAAUAUUGGUAAGGGUGAGGUGGUGAAAAUGAAGCCAGGCCAAGUUCUGCAUAUUGUGAAUAACCUUUACCCCUACACGGUACAAUUUGCCGAAGAGUCUGGGAAAACUGUUCCAAAAGCAGACAAGAUGCCACAUGAAGACUCCUGUGAGAAUGAUGAUAAAGAGCUUGUGCCCAGAAAAACAAUGAAGUUGGAGGUGGUGGAUACACAAGGGAGUUCUACAAAUCCGAAGCUAAGCAAUAUCAGUGUAUCUACACAUGAAGGAACUUCAAGCAAAAAGGAGCAUUUAGGACACUGGAGUCAGGGUCUAAAGAGCUCCAUGCAAGAUCCAAAAAUGCAGGUUUACAAAGAUGAAAAGACUGUAGUCAUCAAGGAUAAAUAUCCCAAAGCACGUUACCACUGGCUUAUCUUACCAUGGGACCCCAUUUCAAGCCUGAAGUCAGUCACCAGGGACCACCUUGAACUCCUGGAACAUAUGCAUGCCGUUGGGCAAAAAAUGAUUGAACAGUGCCCUGCCAGAGAGAGCCUGGAGUUCAGACUGGGUUACCAUGCUAUUCCCAGUAUGAGUCAGCUACAUUUGCAUGUAAUCAGUCAGGAUUUUGAUUCUCCGGCUCUGAAAACCAAAAAGCACUGGAAUUCUUUUACUACAGACUACUUCUUAAACUCUCAAGAUGUGAUAGAGAUGGUAAGAAGCAAGGGAAAAGUGAUGGUGAAAGACCAUACCUCUGAACUUCUCAAACUUCCCCUCAGAUGCCAUCGCUGUAAACAACAGCUGUCCACAAUCCCACAGUUAAAGGAACAUCUUAGGAAACAUUGGCCAAAAUGAUUUUGCAAAAAAUCAUCUUCCAGUCUGUCUUCAGAUUUCAAGCCAACACAAAGACUACAAAAUGUUAAUGGAAAUGUGUAUUUAUUAACUGGAAUUCCAAAUAUAAUGUGUGGAAAAGUAGCCUGGAAACAGCAGCAUACUAAAUAAGUAAUAGCUUCAACAAAAAAACAAGCCCUCUUCUUCCUCCCUACUAAAAAUAUAAAUAAAGUGAUUUCUGAAAU